AUACAUGUAUCUCUAGAAUACUCGUACAAUAUCAUUAUUGUCGCUACUACUGGAGGCAUGAAGAUUUCUCUUCAAAACAGAUCAGGUCACAGAUCUUUCCAGGUACAGAUGCCACGAAAGAAAAUUGCCUUCGUGGUUGCCCUGAUUUCGCUGACUCAUGUAACCCAAAGCCAUGCAAGCCAACAGUGCAGAAACGAUUUAUAUUCAAUUUAUCAAAUGAUGCUGAGGGGCCACACUUACAAGACGUUUAAGGCUCAAGCACGUUCGCUCGACUGCAGAAAUGCCUGCCUCGCUGACGUUAGAUGUCAAAGCUACAACGUAGUCAUGUUCGAAAACCUGUGCGAGUUAAAUAACAGAAGUAAAGAGGCUAGACCAGGGGACUUUAUUGAGAACGAGAGCAGAUAUCACGUUUGCAUAGUUUCUGAAAGAGUUCCCCUGGCUUCCAUUCCUGAGCUGCCAGCCGAUUCGUGCAAAGAGAUCAAGGCCAGUGAACAAGACCAGGCGAUCAGCGGAAAAUACUGGUUGGAUCCCAUGCGAUCAGGAAAUUCCAUCCUGGCUUUUUGUGACAUGGAAACUGAAACUGCUGACUACUGCAUCAAACAUCAAUGUGCAGAGCACGCCACGUGCGUCAAUGGGCACUUUAGGUACACGUGUGUGUGUAAUUCGUCGGGAUGGACUGGAAGCCUGUGCAAAACCGAUAUUGACGAAUGCACAAAAGGCUUUCACAGUUGCCACAGUGACGCCUCUUGUAAGAAUACUGCAGGUUCAUAUAUUUGCACUUGCAAUUCAGGCUACCUUGGAGAUGGAUUUAAUUGCAUUCCUGAAGAAUGUCAAAACUAUCAGUCUCUAACUUCUGAAACAAGAAAUACAAAGUAUACAGCACCAUCAAGUCAAGAUCAAAAGUGUGAUAAAAGUCUGGGUCCUGGUUGGUUUCGAUUUCAAGGCGCCGCCGGCACAAAGAUGCCCACUGAAUGUGUUUCCUGGCAUAGCUGUGGUACUCUUAGACCUGGAUGGUUGAAAGGUGGUCAUCCCCUUAUGGAAGACGGGAAGGUAUCCAGACAAGUUAAUUUUCGCUCUUCAGGCAAUUGUGCCUUUAAGACCACAACCAUCCAGGUGCGAAACUGUGGCACGUUCUUCGUGUAUUACCUACACAACGCGCCAUCAGGAGGUUGCCAUAGAUACUGCAGCACUGGCUAGAUCAUUUCAGACACUGAAGAACCUAACGAGCUAUUUCUUCGAUAACUUAUCAUAUCAUACCCUAAGAAAAGAGACCAGACAGGGGCGUAGCCAGCCCAUAGGCCCGUAGCCCCAGGACAACAAUGAUUUCCGCCCGCUUGACUUUUAGAAUAUGACUCAUGCAAAGGUUGAAACAAAAUCGAAUUUUCUUUCCAGAAAUACUUUCAAGUUCUUGAAUAGCAAUGAAGCAGCAAGAAUAAAUCUCGUGUUAAAAUUUACUCGGUUUGCAUGCUUCUGGAUCUCUGAAAAUGCUAUUUAACCAUACAGCAGGUACCAGGUACAAGAUAGCUACUAA